GCAACCGAGCUCCGGGGGCGGUGCUGUUUCAUCCGGGUAACCGGUGGCCGGUGCGUGUUUUGUUUUCCUGGCUGAAAACUAGGAGAAAGUGAGGCUGCCCCGCGCUGCGCGACACCGGGCUCGGGACUGACUGCAAGGGCGGGGCUGGACUGACCUGAAAAAAAUGUCUGGAUUUCUAGAAGGCUUGAGAUGCUCAGAGUGUAUUGACUGGGGGGAAAAGCGCAAUACUAUCGCUUCCAUUGCUGCUGGUGUUCUAUUUUUUACAGGCUGGUGGAUUAUUAUAGAUGCAGCUGUCAUUUAUCCCACUAUGGAAGAGUUCAACCACUCAUACCAUGCCUGUGGUGUUAUAGCAACCAUAGCCUUCCUGAUGAUUAAUGCAGUAUCAAAUGGACAAGUCCGAGGUGAUAGUUACAGUGAAGGUUGCCUGGGUCAAACAGGUGCUCGCAUUUGGCUGUUCAUUGGUUUCAUGCUGGCCUUUGGGUCUCUGAUUGCAUCUAUGUGGAUUCUCUUUGGAGGUUAUGUUGCUAAAGAAAAAGCCAUUGUAUACCCUGGAAUUGCUGUAUUUUUCCAAAAUGCCUUCAUCUUUUUUGGAGGACUGGUUUUUAAGUUUGGCCGCACUGAAGACUUGUGGCAGUGAAAACAUCCAGUUUGCUUCCGCACAGCAGCCCUGCACGGGUUUUUUACUACUCACUCCCAGUUUUUUGUAAUGCCAUUUUCUAAACUCAUUUUUGAGUGUAGUCUCAGCUUCAAUUUCUGUAAUACUGAAAUCAUGAGAACUUCCUAUGUAAACAACAACAAAAAUCUAUGGUGGUGUGCAUUGGAUUAACUUAGAAAAUGUUGAAAAUAUGCCACAUGAGUAAUUUGUAUUAAGUUUUAUCAUGUAAUUUGUAAAAAUAAAUUACAAAAGGAAUUAUGGAUGCAUCUUAUACGGGCAUUUGUCAUAUCCAAGGUCCAAAACUACAAAUUAAAGUGCUCUGAAGAGUUCA